AUGGCAUCAUUUAUGUCUCGUUUUGGAUCGAAAAAAACUACCGAUUCGCCAGCUGCUGUUUAAUCCCGCAAUCAUGGCUCAAUGGGGCCAAUAAAAGCCAACUCUCAAGCAGUUUAAAAUCAGUAGAGACUUAACACUUCCUCAAAUCUAAUGAGUGCUAAUAUUGGAGGCACAGGAAUGUACGUUAUUCAAACAGAAAUUGACUAUGGAAAUAAUUCAAGAAAAAAUUAGCCAAAAUCAUAGGCUGAUUUAUUUUUAUUAAAGGAAAAUGAGCAACUUAAGGACUAAGUCAAAGAUAUGGAAACAAACCUCUAAAUAAAUAAAGAGAUAAUAAAAAAUCUAUUAGAAAGUAAUAAUCAAGCUAGCGGGUAAAAUGGGAAUCAAACAUUACAGCAGGUAUUGAUCUCGCUUCAAAAAGAGAAUUAACACUUACAAUUAUAAGUCUCGAAGCUGACCUAUGUUGGCCCAUCAAAUAUGAAAGAAAGAGAGAGAAUCACUGGACUAGAAAAGCAAGUGAGUGAAAUGAAGGCACUGAUAUUGCACAAGGAACAGCUAGCAAAUCAAAAGGAACUGGCAUAUAAUGAAGUUUUAUAAAUAUGCGCAAGAUAUGCUAAAAAUGACCAGGCUUUGAUGGGCAAACUUAGAGAAUUAAAAUUCAAGCAUGCUGAAGGAAACGGCUCAUAAAAUAAUAACACCAGAACAAUGAACACUUAGUAAAAUUUAACAUCUUAAACAAUGAUGACUCAAGGUGAUGAUAAUACUGAUACUCAAGGACCUUCUAAUUUAAUCUAAGAAAACCAAAACCUUAAGAAAGAAUUGGAUUUUGCAACUGCAGAGGUUGAAAGGUUAAGAGCUAAACUAAUUAUUGAUGAUUAUGAUAUGGCACCACUUUCAUCUGAACUAUUUGGCAUGAAUUCUAAAGAAAGAUCUUUUAAGUUGAAUGAAUCAAUGGAUAACUAAUCUGACUUAAUAAAUUCAGAAUUUAUGAACCUCAAAGAUCAAAUCUCUCAAAAUCCACUAGGUAACCAAAGUGUAACUCAAUCUAGAAAUAUUGUAGGUGGUAGUAGAAAUCAAACCGCAUCUUCUUCUUUUGUAGGGAGCCAAGUCCCAAAGCUAGAUUUUAAAAGACUGAAAAAAGUAUAAGAGUUUAAGGACUGGUAUACCUAUGCAUCAAAGCUUGAAGAUUCAGUAAAAUAUCUCCGUCAAAGAAUUAAGUAAAUCGAAGAAGACAACAGUCAGUUAAAUACGAAGUAUAGAAAAGAAUAAGCAGCCAAAGAAAACUUAUUUGGCUUGAAUGAAAAAUUGAAUAAGGCUUUGAAAAGAGCAAAUCUAAAAAUAGCAGAGGUAAAGGAUAAAUACAUUCAGAAAUUUAGUAAAAAAUGCUAUUAUUGUAACAAUGAUAUGGAGAUAUCUAUGAACUUAAAUACAACACUAGAUUAGGUAUAAUUGACAGAAAUGAAUCAAAGCUUUGUAUUGGCGAAUUCAGGAAGUGGGGCAGUUCACGAACAAGAAGAUGGAAAUGAUAGUUUUGGAGACAAGUUAAAUGAUCAAGAAGAUGAUCCAAAUAAUAAUGUCAAUUUACUUGAUAACUUAUACGUUGAAGAAAACAGCGCUUAAACAGAAAGUGACAAACUCAGAUAACAGCAGUUAUUCAGCUAGCAGAAAGUAAUAAUGAGAGGGCAGGGCGUUAAAGUUCCGAAUUAAGCUAAUAGAGAAAGCAACAGCAACAAGCUACUUUAGCUUGAGCAAAAAUAGAUUUUAAGCAGAAAUCUAUAUAACUCAGUUUCUCAUAUUAGUGCACCAAACAAUAUCAACAUGUCAAAUAGCAUGCAAAGAUUACCCUAUAAAAUUAAGAAAUAAGAACAGCUUUGA